AUGAGGUCAGAGACCAAAAACCUCCAUUCCAAAGUAGCCGAAAUCGCCCGCACCAAAGACCCCAAAAUCUGUGGGGGUUUAUUCUUCGUGGCCAACUGGAUGCGCGAUGCUUCGGGCCGCCUCUCACUUACAUCCUUCUACUACUGGGAUUUGGUCUGGCACGUCGCCAGCUUCCAAUGCCUGUACAUGGAAACCCUUGCGAUGGUUGACUGGUUCAAAACCUGGGAGGCUCGCCUCCUUGAACCUAACUGCCAGGUCUACCCCGUUGACGAGACUAUGAUGGGGGCCAUCACUGACAGUCUCGAGACGGCAGAGACUCUGUUUCGCAUUGGGGUGCCUGUUUGGCUGGCAUGUCAGGCGCAUUUCGAAGGGUUUCUUGGGCCAGAGGAUCCGAAGCCGGUUGUGACGGAGCCGCAAAGUGGCUUGUUAUCCGUAGAGCCAGGUGCAGGGCCCAGUCGAACAGACCGCGAUGUGGUUCGAGCAUCACCUUACUCAAAUACAGCUUCGUCGUCAACCAAGGCUUCAGGGAGCAUGUCAGGGGUCACAACAUGUGUCAAUCACGAGAAGUUUCGCGAGAUUGAGGAGGUCUUCAUACCCCCUCAAUCCCCGGUGUGGAAGAAGGCGCUGCAGAACGUGAAUCCCAACCCUUCCCGCAUCAAGUCCUCCAAAGAUCGCGCCCAUGGUUACCAGUUUCCCGACCCUUGGCUUUUUAUGAAGGGAACAAACCACAAGGCCUUCACGCUCGCUUGGCUGAUUUCACACAGCCAGUGGCUCCAAUCUUUCACCCCUCUCGACUACUCUCCAUCGCCCGCCCCGCAUAGUCAACACUGGCGCGAUUUCCUAUAUCAGUUCUCAAAGGAGAUGAAUCUUGUGGAUGCUUUGCAGGCCAAGGAACUUCCAACAUCGCAACCCAGUCAUAAGGGGAAAACUCCAGCAAACAGCGGUAGAAAAUCGGAUAAAUCAAAACAGAGGUACACCAUCAAGCGAGGGGAGUUGCUGAAGAAUGCUCAAACAACAUUUUUUGGACCCAGAGUUAAGGUGGGAGAACGCCCCCAUUCGAUCUUCUGGCGUGAUGUCUCUGUGAUGGAGGGGAAUACCGACCAUCUGACGCCGGCGAUCUCGGCAGAGAUUCUGUGGAAUCUUUUUGAGCAAAACUUUCGUUUGGAGCUUCGUAUGGUUGACCAGCAAGUUUUACCGGCGGAUUGGGCCUCGUGGGAAUCGGCGGCAGUGCGAGAUGAGUUGGUUCGGAGGAUUUUCCCUGAGGACGACGAUGGCUAUAUUGUUGGGAGAUUGCCAGACACCAAUGUGGGACUUGUUGCGGAGAACUGGAGGGAUCGGGCAAGGUCGGUGGAAGCUUUACGGGUGCUCAUCACAGGUUGGCCUGGUCCUGAUGUGCAUGCACUUGCAUCAAUGCCGAUGUUCGAUGGGUCUGGGAAGUUGGCAAUGACGCGUGUGGACUUUGAGCGUAUGGAGGAAAAGGCUGUUGGACUGAAAGUCUGGGGGUCAGAUAAGAGUGCCUUGUCCAUGAUCAACAUUCUGCUUCCUUCCCCCCUUCUUUCUAAGUCUUUGCCACCAGAAAAUGCUAACCUUUUUCCUGUAAACACUGCACCCAAAUCCUUGAAGGCUCAUAAAGCUGCUAAAGGAAAUCUGUACACACCAGCUGGACAUUUUGUUCAGCCCUUUAAGCCAGGGGUUUCCAAGAAAGCAGCAGACCCUUUUCAGCCACUGGCAACAACUAUUACCUUUGAAAAUGAAGGUGGUACUGUCCAGCUACCUGGCAAAAAGCAGAAACAAUUUCAGCGAUGGGAAACUGAGGUUCUUCCCAGUCUAAUGGAGCCAUAUGUCAAACUUCUACAUGAAGUGGACUCUUUGCGAGAUAUGGUGCAAGUUCGUUCUCGAAAGCGCUGUGCUGGUUGUAUUGAGAUUCUUUCCCUCUGCAAUUGCACUUCCCCAGCACUUCAACUCCUUGAGCUAGGCCCUAUCCAGGUUGUCGUUGAUACUCUGAUGAAUGAAUGCAUUGCCUCUAUUUUCAUGUUCAUGCAACUCAACUUGUUUACAUUGAAGGCCUUCCUGUGCCUCGAUUCGCUUCAACGUAGACUCGUUUGGAUAGUGCUUCACGUCCCGAAAACGCUCCAACAAACCGUUUACGAAACCGUCAACUCUUCAUGGAGGCCUUCCUGUGCCUCGAUUUCCCUCAACGUAGACUCGUUUGGAUACUACUUCAUGUCCCGAAAACGCUCCGACAAACCGUUUACGAAACCGUCAACUCUUCGUGGAGACUCUUUUGGAUACUACUUCAUGUCCCGAAAACGCUCCGACAAACCGUUUACGAAACCGUCAACUCUUCAUGGAGACUCUUUUGGAUACUACUUCAUGUCCCGAAAACGCUCCGACAAACCGUUUACGAAACCGUCAACUCUUCGUGGAGGUACGUCUGUUUGUAUUUUCGUGUUUUUGCACUUAUGCCCUACUCUACCCAAGACCUUCCUGUGGCUCGAUUUCCUUCAACGUAGAUUUGUUUCGAUACUACUACACGUCCCGAAAAUGAUCCAACAAACCGUCCAUGAAUCUGUCAUCCCUUCAUGGAGACUCAUUUGGACACUACUUCACAUCUUGAAAAUGCUCCAACAAACUGGUUAUGAAUCCGUUGACCCUUUGUGGAGUGUUUGGAAGUCCGGUCUCGUGACUGGAAAAAGACCGUAA